AACUUUCCGGAGCCCUGACCCGCGGCGCGGAGCUCCCCCGGCAGCUUCCGGGCGGAGAGCCCGGCUGUGCCCACUAUCCCAUCCCAAGCCCUCGGAGCGCUCCGGAGAGAACAGGAUCAUGUCUUGGGCUGGGGACCAAGGCAGUACCCUGGCGAGAUGGCUGGGCGCUGGGCUGUUGGGUCUCGUCUUGCUCCCCACAUCUCUGUCAUUGGAGGUCUCUGUGGGAAAGGCCACCACCAUCUACGCUAUCAAUGGCUCAGCGAUCCUGCUGCCCUGCACCUUCUCCAGCUGUUUCGGCUUUGAGAACCUCUACUUCAGGUGGUCCUACAACAACAGCGAAACAUACAGGAUUCUCAUCGACGGGAUCGUGAAGAACGAGAAGUCUGACCCGAAGGUGAGGGUGAAAGAUGAUGACCGCAUCACCCUGGAGGGUUCCACCAAGGAAAAGAUGAAUAACAUCUCUAUCCUGCUGAGUGACCUGGACUUCAGUGACUCGGGCAGAUACACCUGCUUUGUGAAAAACCCCAAGGAGAAGGACUUGAACAACUCUGCCACUAUCACCCUCCAAGUGGUUGAUAAAUUGGAAGAAGUGGACAACACGGUAACGCUCAUCAUCCUGGCUGUGGUGGGCGGGGUCAUCGGACUUCUCGUCUGCAUUCUGCUGCUGAAGAAGCUCAUCACCUUCAUCCUGAAGAAGACCCGAGAGAAGAAGAAGGAGUGUCUUGUGAGUUCCUCUGGGAAUGACAACACAGAGAAUGGGCUGCCUGGCUCCAAGGCAGAAGAGAAGCCACCCGCAAAAGUGUGAAGUCCCGUUCGGGGCCAGGCAGUGCAGGGAGCCUCACUUUCUGAUGGUGACGUCGAUGCGGAGUCCUGUCUGUAGAACCCACGUACUGAGAUGUGUGCUGCUUGGCCCAAACGCUAGUCUCUCUGAGCAGGAAGGACCUGGCCCUGCCCAGCCUGCGCUGCCAUUCCCUCCCCAGCCUGGCCUUCCUAGAGGCAAGGGUUGGCUGGGGGAGGAAGCCUACAGGAGGUUGAAGAAAAGGAAAGGAGGGGCUGGAGCGGUGUGGAAGGAUUGGUCCCUGGGGCCCGGGAGAAUGGGAUCUUCUUUAGACUGUCUCACUUCUGUGAAUCCUCACUUUCCCCUCACCUUUCCUUCUUGUCUUUCACGAGGAAAUCGGGGUGAUCAGUGAGGGCUGUUCCCAAAGCUGGGUUUUGGAGAUGGGUGGAGGGUGAGCACUUAAGAUGCUGGGAACGUGCCAGAACUCUGGGAUGGAGUCUGCUGAGUGCUGAGCCGGUUGUGAGAGGCAGGCUGGGCUUUGAGGACUGUCAGACAUCUGGAAGUUCCUUCAGAGGAGACUUCUCCUUCCCCUACCCUGAAAUACCUGCACACUGUUCCAGCUCUCUGUCCAGCCUUCUGCUCUGAAUAUGUAGACCCUCCAGCUAGGCCUGGCUGCCCUGGUCUUCAAGUAUCCCAGCCUACCUAGCCUGUCUUUGCUCUCUGGGCUGCAGCUGUGGAGGAGGCUUGUUGGGAGGGGGCAGCCUCCAUCCUUCCUAGAGCACUGGGGUGCUAUUUGCAUAUUUUCUGGCUUUGCUCUUUGGCUUUCAGAGGUGGGAGAGCAGUGUCCUUGACCUCCCAGCCUUUGGAAUGCCUACCCCAGCCCUACAAGACUGACAGACCUUAUCCUUGGCAUGGCAGGACCAUGCCACCUGGUACUCUCAGACCUUAGUUUUCCAUACUUCUCCCUUCUCUUGAAAGAGCUGGUGUGGCCACAUCUCUAGGUUUCCUAGAACCUUUGCUCCCUCUCUGUCCCUCCAGCAUGCCUGGCUUUCCUCUGUCUCCUAGCCUGCUCACCCCCAGCCCUGGGUCUGCCUUCGCCUCAGGGACCUUUGUUGCCAGAUGAGAAGGCCCUUGGCUAUUCCAGCUUCUUUCUGCCCAGCCGGGCCAGCUCCUCACUCAGGCUGAGGAGGAGAGGGAGAGGGUGCUUAUACCCUCUCUCUACUUUCUUCAGAGCCAGUUUGCACAGCCCUUGAGUGUUGGGCUAGAUUGUGCCUUAGCUUCCUGAGUUCUGCUUUUUAGCCCCCAUUCCUUUGGUUCACACCCCCUGACUUAAUUGCACAGUUUGGUGUGUUGUUGUUGGGGCUCCCCAGCUCCCUUCUCCAAGGUCAUGGAGAAGGUUAUGAAGCUGGUGUUGUGCAAACAGUGGCCCUGUGGCUGGUGGCAGUCUUGCUAACACAUGUGGGUUUGUUUUCUUUCUUGUCCCUGAUACAGAGCUGGGAUGGCAUUCGAUGUGGGACCUUCAGAUGGGUUUGAUUGGGUGGGUCCCUAUGCUACAUGAGAUGUAAUAACAGGGGGUACCCAAACUCCCUCUUCCUCAUUGGAUUUCUGAUACCCUUGGCACCCUAGAAGAUGGAGACUAGUCUUUCCAGGGGCUAUAAAGACUCUGCCCAGGAGUAGCUGAAGGCUCCCAAAGUGAAAGUUGGGGGAGACUAAGCUGGAGUAGGGCCUGUAGGGUGCCUGUGGUUAUGGCUAGUGUCUCUUGCCCAAGCCAAGGGGCUCAUGGGUCCUUGCCUCCUCUCCUCCUGUCCUUCUUUAUCCAGAACCUAUCAUGGGCCUGGAUAAAAAGUACUCUUCUCCUGCUUUUUAUAUAUUUAUCUGAGCAAAGUCUCAUGUAGCCCAGACUGGCUUCCAACUUCCUCUGUGGCCAAGAUUGGCCUUGAACUCCUGAUCUCCUGCCUCCAUCAUCCAAGUGCUGGGAUGACAGGUGUGAGCCAACACCCUGAGAGCAAACAUGGCGCCAGAACCUCCAGCCAUUCAGGAAACUCCAGCUGCCUUCAUGUAAAACUGCUUUCUUCCCCAACAUUGGGAGAGGCACAGUGCUGUGGGCUCUUCUCGAUUUCCUGAGAGGAAGCCAGGGCAUACAGAAGAAGAGAGGAAGGGAGCCACCCUCCCUUCCUCCUGAUCACUUAUAGGUGGCUCUUGCAGCUUCUCCCAUCUACCCAAAGGGUGAAAUAAUAGCUACCUCACAGGACUGUUGUGAGGCUUGGUGAGGUCCCCCCACCCCCUGGCUUGGAAAGGCAUUGGGAAACAAAGCUAAUAAGAGAGCGUUCCCUGUAUGCCCUGUCUUCAUCUUUAGUUUG